GUAAUGACAUGUUUACAUAGCAAGAAAAUUUUGUCUUGAGGCGAUCAAAAUCAUAAGCUACAUCAGAGACACACCUGACGUAUUUAAAGGUAUGAAAUGGAAUUUGUUAGAUUUUUUUUCUCUCUCUCUUUUUGUCUCCCCUGGGUGUGAUUUGAUUCAAAACACCAGAAGUCGUUUAAGUUACAGUGAUGAAAUGGAUUCCACCGUCACCAUCAGUUGAUUAAGCCGGAUCAUUUUAUUGAAGGCGCUUUGUUUCAACGACAGCCAAAAGACGAAAACGUCAGUUGUUUCCAAAAUACUGCAAAAAUCUAGUACUCUCACUUAGAUAUAAUCAGUGAAAGUAGAGUGAUCUUACGUAGCACUUUUGAAACAAACUGGAUCAACUGAUUGACUAACAUGAAUAAAAAAGAAACCAAUAUUAAAUUCAAUAUGCGUAAACUUUUCAAGAAUCGAUUAGAAAUAACCUCCCUUAUAACAUGUUAUAAUUUUCUCCCAUGAAAAUUUUGCGUUUUGCGCUCAUCUCUUUUAAAUAUGAAUGGGACACCUUAAUUGAAUCCUGACUAGUAAACGUUUUGAUAAUAUUAAAAGCACAGGUAGUAAAUUGUUUUGAGUUAAGUCAAAGGUCUCCUUGAAACAAAAGAGUACCGAGUUUCAUACUCGGCCAAAUACUCAGUAUCGGCGAGGCUAGUGGCAUGUUUACGUUACUGACUUUUGCAACUUGCGAUGAAGAUUUCCUAUAUGCCUGAGAUCAGAUCAGGCCGAAUUAUUGGAGACAUCACUGUCUACAAACACUGUUAAUCUUUAGUUUGGCAAGAACCAAUGCGCUUCCGGUUGGCACAUAAAUAUCGGUAGGUGACGUCAGCGUGGGUAUCGCCAUGGCUGCUAUUAUACAUUCCCGCCGGAAUUUAAAUUUAACGUGUAAGAUGUUUAGAAAAUCAGCUAUUAUUAUUAUUAUUAUAUAUUAUCAUUAUUAUCAUCAAUUACUUGCUUUUAUAACUCGCUGGAUACUUGUAUAUGUUUCAGUUGUUAUCCUGCAAAUCAUUUCGCUAUGGAGGAGAUCUUCACGCGCCGCGUUGUCGUAGCGACAGAGUGAUACUUUAUGGUUUUUAUUUGUAGGCCGGACGGUACAGGUGGGCAAUAAAAACGCCUAGAUGGGUCCACAAACAGAAGGACAUGAGAAGCUGCCCUCAAAAGGUCCCUUGUCAAUACAUCAGAAGGCCCUGUUUGUGUUCUGGGUCUCGAUGAUGUGCCUGGCUCUUUUUCGAAAAUUUCUGAUGUACUUUAAAGUUUCAAGCUUGAUGAAACUUCGCAUGCCUCCUGCUGGUAAGAAAACCUGACAACUGUUUCCCAUAAUUAUUAUUUGUCUGAUACUGAACAGGCAAGAGCGAUAAACAAACAAAAUCAAGGUGACGGCUUAGUAUCACUAAGUUGAAUUCUCUUACACUAUUUAGCAAAGAACUUAAGAGACCCUUAUCUAGACUAGCGCAUUUUUUAAUCAUGGGAUAAAUUUCUUAUCAUUCCUGUGUCUAAUAGUUUUAUUGGUAUUAUCCACUAGAUUAGCCUUUGCUAUUUGUUGAUGAUCUCAACUACAACUCGCUCCCUGUUUAGAUGGUUUUAUAUUGUAUUUAAUUGUAUGUUAUUUCAUAAUCUGUAGUGUAUAACGCUCAGCCAUCAGUGUCCUGUUUUAAUUGAUCCUACACGUUCUUUCUAAUUUCAAGAUCUUACAAAAGAAACCCAUAUGGUUAUGAUAGAGAACGGUGAGAUUUUAAAACAAAAGGAAUCUCUAGACACCAAAGAACACUUGGUGAACAUCGUUCAAGAGAACAGUGGAGACAAGAAGUCAGCAUUGCAGACUCAGGCUUCAACAACACCGUCACUCGACGAUUUCCUUUCCUCUGUGGCUGUUUUUGGAGCCAUUAUGUUCUUCUACUUCUUGUGCGACGACGCUCAUUACUUUCCAGCGUCAGAGCGCACUUACUCUCGCGACCUUUUUUUCUUUUUAACCUUGCUCCUGUUUGGAGUGGCCGCUGGAUUUACCAGAAAAGAGACUGCAGACAAGAUAUUAAACCGCGAGCAGACUGAAGAAUGGAAGGGUUGGAUGCAGGUCAUGUUCGUAUGGUAUCACUACUUCAAAGCUGCCGAGACUUACAACGCCAUUAGAGUAUUCAUAGCGGCAUACGUCUGGAUGACGGGUUUUGGUAAGUACUUUUGCAAUGCCGUACCAAUGCACGAAUCUGACUGAAUCUUGAUCGUCACUUUGAAGAUGCUACUUUCUGAAUAGAAUGCUGUAACUUUCAUUACCCAUUCAAUCAUCAGAUAAUACAAUAAGCGAGCCCACCCCUUCUCCCCCCUCCUCACUCUGGAAAAAAUCAAUUUUGUGUCGCAAGAGGUUCAACCAUUCUAAAAAAUAUUAACUAAUCAAACACGACCACUUUGUACAUGUUCACCAUCCGGGUUAACGGACACCUCCCAUCUUACAUCCGUUAAGCGCCCAAACUCUUUCUCUUUUUAAAGCUGUUGGGAUCAUUUACUAUAACUAUGCGGAAAGAACAUCGAGAAGAAUGAUUUGUAAAGUUCCUUUCUCAAUUUACUUUGUAGCUUCCCAAACGCCGAAAAUAUGAACCUCUCCAACAAAUGAAAGGUGAUUUUUAACGAGUCUAAUGCCUAGCUUACAUAAACUUAAUAAAACGACAUCAUAUAUUUUUUCAUCCUGCAGGUAAUUUCUCCUUUUUCUGGAUUAAAAAAGACUUUAGUCUUUAUCGUGUCCUUAAGAUGCUCUUUCGACUGAAUUUCCUGGUUGUGAUCACGUGCUUUGUAGUACGAAACGAGUAUAUGUUAUAUUACAUCUGUCCUAUGCAUACCUUUUGGUUCCUGUCAACAUAUUGCUUCAUGAGACUGCUGAACAGUUGGAACGAGGACCCCAAGAAGAUGGCCGUCAAAUUUAUUGUCUAUUUUCUUAUCGUUUUUCUGUUGUUUGAUGUGCCAGAAGUUGGUGAAAUAUUUUUUAAACCUUUUAGCUUUAUCCUUAACUACGAGAACUCUCUUCAUGAGUGGAUGUUCCGAGCGGGACUGGACCACUACGCAACACUGUUAGGCAUGCUCUGUGCAUAUUAUCAUCCCAACUUUGAAAGGUUCAUGGGAUACCUGGAUGAAAAGCCAAUUGCCCAACGUAAAGUAAUACGAUCUGGGAUCGCAUUUAUUUGCGUUUUAUCGUUCACGUUUUGGGUAACGUUCAUAUUUAUGCGUGAAAAGUACGAGUAUAACAAGGUACACCCAUACUUUUCUUUUAUUCCAUUGCUAUCCUACAUCUUUCUGCGCAACAUGUUCCCGUUUCUUCGCAAACACUACCUUCACAUGUUUACCUGGCUAGGAAAAAUCACCUUAGAAACUUACAUCUCACAGUUGCACAUUUAUCUCCAAGGCAAUGCUAGGUUUUUAAUUUCCUUCAUUCCGGAAUAUCCACUGCUUAAUUUUGCUUUGGCCACCAUAAUUUACUUGUUCUUGUCUUAUUGUUUAUUUCAUAUUACAAUAGAUAUCAGCGGAUAUUUGAUUCCCAAGGACUACAGAACAAUGCUAAAUACAGUUACGAUGGUUGGGGUCUGGCUGGCCACGUGCUAUGUAAUAGGGUUUAUUUUAACAGGCGUCUACUUUUAA